CCGAAUCCUCUUCAUCUGCUAUCUGUUGAAAAUUGUCUCAAAUUCUCCUCGUUAUCUUCUACUCCAUCGAUCUCAAAUACAUUUUCAUUCGGGUAAUUCAUUAUACACAAUGGGUAGUAAAGAGGGCUGUUCUCUCAAACGCGUCUUAAAAAGGACUUUGGGAAAGGCAAGAAAGACAGAGACAGAUGACCCUGAUAGAGCUGACACUCGGAUUUCAACUGGGAGCCCUCAAGUUUCAGCCCCAGCAGUGCUAAUCACUAAGCGGCCAACUACAGACCCUCCUAUCAGAGACCCGACCGUUCUUAGCGAAGAGUCCAAGACAGAGCGCAACCCUAUAGGAACUAUUGGAGAAGAGAUAACUACAUCUUCAGACAUAGAGCAAGCUGCGAAUUGUUCUAUCACAGAACCGUCUACUGUUUCUCGCUGGGACCAAGCCUAUGAUCAAUUGAAAGUCGACCAGCCCGGGCUUUUACUCGACUAUGAGACUCUUUUAUCCAGAGUACCUAUCAAAGCUCAGUCAAACACUCCUUCGGCCCGUGGCUCGGUAGACAACACCGGUGAUAUCAAGAACAUCAUCCCCGCGAAUGAUCCAGCUGCGCGUCAAGAGAUAAUGAAAAGCAUUAUUGAGCUGGGACUGAAGCAUGUUGAGGACAGAAAGUUCAGGGUAACACUUUUAGGCCAUGAGAUCAGUAUACAAGAUGAGCUGGACAGAGUUGGUGGAGCAGUGGAAUGGGCUCAGGACUAUGUGAAAGAUGCAAUCAAGGACGUGCCGUAUGCGCCAGCUGUGAUGGCAGGUAUUUCACUUAUCCUUCCACUUCUGAGAAGCCCAGCCAACGCCGAAGCUGCAAAUCGAGAAGGACUUACAUAUGUGACAUCGCAAAUGCGCUACUAUGUUCAGAUGGAGCCACUUCUCCUACCUGAAUAUCUGAAGAGUGGUGUGAAUGAAGAUCUGUCUGGGCGGGUGAUAGAUCUAUACAAAGCUGUCAUUACUUUCCAGGUACAGAGUGUCCUUAGGUUUUAUCGCAGCAGAACUAAGAACUACUUCAGAGAUGUCAGCAACUACGAUAACUGGAAAGAUCAAUUAGAUCAACUGAAGCAACAAGAGGCAGAGCUGGACAAACAGUUUAAAUCAGCUUUGGUAGGCACCGGUGUCAAUCAAUUGGUCAAGCUGACCGCAGAAGCGAAAGAAUCACGGAAAACGCUGAGCCAUAUUCUUCUUAAUAUCCAAAAGCAGAUGCAGGAGCUUGUUAGCAUCGCUCAAAAGAAUGAGAAACGCUUAACAGAUGCUGAGGACCGACGCCGUCGAGAAAGUCUUCAUGCCAGUGAUCCUGAGGCUGAUAAAAAGCGAAUUCAGGAUGAGAAAGGCGGUCUGUUUGAAGACUCAUACCGCUGGGUGCUCGAUAACGAAGAGUUCAAAAAAUGGAGGCACAGCAAUUGCUCUCAGCUCCUAUGGAUCAAGGGUGAUCCUGGAAAAGGCAAAACGAUGCUCAUGUGCGGUAUUAUUGAUGAGCUUUCCGAGGAGGUGACUGACGAGGGCAAUCUUAUAUAUUUUUUUUGCCAAGCAAACAACACCCGUAUCAACAAUGCUACAGCAGUUCUGCGGGGACUAAUAUAUAUGCUUGUCAAGAAACAACCCUCCCUUAUCAGUCAUAUCCAUGAUAGUAUAUCUGAGGAUGAUAAUUCAUGGUUUAAACUACAAGAUAUCUUUUUUGGUAUGCUUGGAGACUCGACCUUGAAAAAAACAUAUCUUCUUAUCGAUGCACUGGAUGAGUGUACCACAGAUUUAAAGAGGCUUCUUGGCCUUCUGGUCAAUAAAUCUUCCGCAAAUUCUCAAAUAAAAUGGAUUGUGUCGAGCCGCGACUGGCAAGAAAUCGAGAAAGAACUUGACAAAAUCACACAAACUCAAUAUUGUCUUGAGUUGCACGAGGAAAUCCUUUCAACUGCAGUUGAAUCAUAUAUUCGCCAUAAAGUGAAUGAAUUAGCAAGAAGAAAUGGAUACAAACCGGAUCUACAAGAUACAGUGCAGGAUUACUUGAUGUUGAAUGCCAACGGAACCUUUCUUUGGGUAGCUUUAGUGUGUCGGGGACUUACUGAUGUCGAUCAUUGGGACGUCAAAGACCACCUAGAAGAGUUCCCUGCUGGUCUUGAUGAGCUUUAUAUGCGAAUGCUAAGUCGGGUGAUGGCAUUGAGAAGAAAUAGUGCUACGAUAUGCACUUCAAUUCUGGGCAUAACAACAACCGUUUACCGGCCGAUUACAUUAUCAGAGCUUAUGGCUUAUGUCGACUUGCCUCAGGAGAUCACAGAUGACAUGCAAUCUCUGAAAAAGCUAAUAGGACUUUGUGGCUCUUUCCUUGCGCUCCGAGAAGACACAGUUACCUUGAUCCAUCAGUCCGCGCAAGACUUUCUCCUGAAAUACGCAUCUCAACAUAUCGCUCCUAAUGGGCUACAAGAGAUACACUACUCUAUCUUCUCAAAGUCUUUGGAAAGUGUGCAUGCAAAUUUGAAACGGGAUAUAUACAAUCUCAGAGACGAUACACUUUCUAUUAGUGAAGUCAAGCAGCCAGAUCCAGACCCACUAGCUAGUACAUGGUAUGCAUGUCUAUUCUGGGUAGAUCAUCUUAUUGACUACUUUCGCGGCAAAGAGACAAGCCAAGAACUGGAAGGCUUUCCUUUAAUCAAUACUUUUCUAUGCCAGGACUUGCUGCACUGGCUUGAAGCUCUCAGUCUAUCAAGAAGGAUAGCAGAAGGAGCUCGAUCAAUGCUGAGACUUGAAGGGUUAUUAAAGACAAGAACAAAAGACCUCCAGCUGAUUGACAGAGCUCGAGAUGCAUACCGCUUUAUUCUCUAUCAUAACAUAAUGAUAGAGAAUUAUCCACUCCAAGUAUAUACUUCAGCAAUAUUCUUUAGCCCUCGGAAUAGUACAACAAGGAUUCAAUUUGAGUCUGAGGAACUAUCGUCGAUGAAUGCCAAGUCAAUGAUAGGCGAGAGCUGGAGUGCCUGCCUGCAGACGCUCGAGGGCCACAGUGGCUCGGUCUUUUCAGUGGUCUUCUCGCAUGACUCCAAGCUGCUGGCGUCUGCUUCCGAAGAUCAGACCGUCAGGCUGUGGGACGCCGCCAGCGGCGCCUGCCUGCAGACGCUCAAGGGCCACAGUAAUUGGGUCAAGUCAGUAGUCUUCUCGCAUGACUCUAAGCUGCUGGCAUCUGCUUCCGAUGAUGAGACCGUCAAGCUGUGGGACGCCGCCAGCGGCGCCUGCCUGCAGACGCUCGAGGGCCACAGUCACUGGGUCAACUCAGUGGUCUUCUCGCAUGACUCUAAGCUGCUGGCGUCUGCUUCCGGUGAUCAGACUGUCAAGCUGUGGGACGCUGCCAGCGGUGCCUGCCUGCAGACGCUCGAGGGCCAUGAAGACACAGUUCGCUCUGUGGUCUUCUCGCAUGACUCCAAGCUGCUGGCAUCUGCUUCUGGUGAUCAGACCGUCAAGCUGUGGGACGCCGCCAGCGGCGGCUGCCUACAGACGCUCGAGAGUCAUAGUAAAUGGGUCCGCUCAGUGGUCUUCUCGCAUGACUCCAAGCUGCUGGCGUCGGCUUCCGCCGACCAGACCGUCAAGCUGUGGGACGCCACCAGUGGCGCCUGCCUGCGGACGCUUGAGGACUAUAGUCGCUUGAUUACAAAUCAUAAUCCGGAUGUCCUUAACUUGACUUACCUUGCGAACUCGCUAUUCUCUCAAGUAAAUCCUGAAUUACUGGAAUCUCAGGGAUUUGAAAUCAGUCCUGAUGGAACCUGGAUUACAUGGAAUUCAGUAAAGCUGUUGAAGUUGCCGUCAAUACUCAAGAUAUCAGCUGCUGCUGUAACAUUUUCGACCAUUUGUGUUGGUUUUGGAUCAGGGCAAGUUCUUAUACUGACUUGUGAUCGUUACUAACUAGUGUUAUCUACUUAGAGAAGUACAUGCGAAUAUAACAUCUUAUUAUUUACGGUCGUCUACUCUCCUUUAUUUUCUAAUCUCUUUGCAAAAGGAGGGCCUG